AUUAUCAAAGCUGAUGAGGGGCUACAACCAAAAUGAAUUCGAUAUCUCUUAUUUCAUAUAUUACUCCAGGAUUUAUUCAUAUCAUGGGGCUUUGGUUGUGUUCUUUCGUCUCGAUUUCACCGUAAGCUUGGGAAGCUAUUUGUAAGCGACUUGACUGAGAGGUAGCCACUGCGUUAGGAUAAUACGGACUUAUCGCCUUGAAGGAGCAGCUUUCUAGCAUCUUGGCAGCAGAAAUAGGCGAGUAGUCGUUGGAGCAGGUGUCCUCCAGCACGGAUCGGCCACCAGCGACCAGUGAAGUUGCAGCGCCGAGCGAAGCCGAAGGAGUCUCAGCAGCGCGGACGGCCUAACUGGAUACUGGACUGCAGCGGCAGCAAGGCGGACACCCGGCGCCCCUUCCAUGAAGAUACGGGCAGCGGCAGCGCCAUCUAUAAGGCUGUACAAGCUGAGCUGUGCUGACCGCCAGUAGAUGGUGCUGCGGGGCAGGUCACGUGACCAUGAGAGGUCAGCCGCAACAGCUGACCGCGGCAAGUGAGGAGUAUGGCGGUGUUGUCUUUUUUCGCGGAAUGGUAAAGCUAGUGUGUCGCGUCCCGUCAGGGCGAGACAAAAGUAUCCGCAACAGGUCCGGUGAUGGAUACAGAGGACGUCGACGAGGAAUCGGCCGCACGGAGCGGCCUUCCGGCCAUCUGUCGCGCUUACAGCACUGAGAAAGGUGGCUGCGUGCACCCCAACUGCCCAGCCCUUCACCUGUGCCUGUCCUUCGUUUUGCAUAACAAAUGCAAAGCCGGAUGUGAUAAAGAGCAUACGCUGGAAAGUUCUAGAAACAUCUCACUUCUGGAGCUGGCCGGGUGGGAUGUUCAUCACGACCUAAACCUGGCGAUGGAAGAACUCCGGAAGCAGGAGUACCGCAAUGCUUUCGGCGUGUGCAUGAGGUACAACCUCGGCCGCUGUGCUACCACCAGAUGCACCCGCUUGCACAUCUGCUACCGCUACGUCCUCGACGACUGCCCGCUGGAGGUCUGUAACCUCAGCCACAAGCUGAAGGGCGUCUCACACAACGCCAAGCUCCUGAGGGCUGCUGACUGGUCCACCGAGCCCGACAUGACACUUCUGCUGAAACUUCGAGAAAGCUGCUCUCCUCCGAAGCCCGAGGUCUGCAAAAUGAUGUUCAGCCGGCCAUCGGGCUGCGAGGGACACUGCAUGAGACUUCACUGCUGCGAACAAUUCACUCGAGGUAACUGCAGGUACGGCGACAAGUGCAAACUCAUUCACGAUCUGCACGACGAUGAAGACGAGGAUGGUCGGCACAAUCAGCGCGUGCUGUCGUUUUUCGGCUGGAGCGUCAGUGAAGCUCUGGAGGAAAUGGUUGUCAGGCGUCAGAGAAAGCCUCCAAGGCGUCGACAGGCAGUGAUGGCGAUCGGUGAUGAUGAUGGAAAGGCGCAGUGACGAUGACGACGAUGACGACGCUGAUGACGGCGACGGUGACGAUGACGAUGACGUACUAUGUAAAAAAGUAAAGAGUAUGUUUUAGUAUGUGAAGAUGAGAAGUGAUUUAUCUAGUUUCUGUGUCCGUCCUUAACAUAAAUAUUUGAUAUUGUUCAGCUAUCGCCUGUCGUUGUGUUAUGUUCUAAUUGAUAAGGCCUGGUUAGCGGUUAUAUGUUACUCAGUAAUGCUAUGCUAUCGUUAGCCUAAAACUAUUUUAUCUUCAUUCUUUGUAAAUACAAUCAAAAAUGCCUUAUCGCACCUAUACUCAUUGUUACAGCUGGUUCAUUCGUCGGUUGUUUGUUCAAAUGCACAGAAAAUACACGUUUAUUUGCUGCAGCGGU